AUGGCCCGGGAGCUCCGUGAGUUGGAGGAAGCCACAGCAAGGGUCUUCGACCUGAAAGAUGAGGAGGGCUACACCGACUACUUUCGUGCAUCGGCCAAGCAGGUGAAGGCCACGAUCCAGGAGAUAUGGACGAGCCACAGCCUCUUAGGAGGGCGCGUGGACCCCGAAGAUCCGGACUCAUGGGAUGAGGGCUGGCCGGUGGGGUGCCGGAACUUCCUGGACCCCCUGGAGCCCUGCGCCGAGGUUGAGACCUGGCGGAACCGCGUGAACCCGGCUGUGAAUCGGGUCUUCGACGUGCUCUGGGAGGGUUUGCCGGAACUGGACAGUGAUGAGGAAAGUGCCGGCGUUGAUGGCAGUGCCCUUGUGAUGUCCGUCGACCGCAUUGGCCUGAUGCGGCCAACAAAGCUGUGCAAAGCCACGGCAGAUGGGCAGAUGUGGGAGGAAAGACCGGAGUGGAGAACGAGCCGGAACUGGCUUCACUGGGAUCAGAAUCCAUGGUCAUCUCCCGGUUUCACGGCAGUGCAGGGCCUGCUGUGCCUGUCAGGAAGCUCCGGAAGCUCUGGCGGCUUCGUGACAGUGCCUGGCUUCCAUCGAGAGUUCGCGCAGUGGAGCCAGCAGCAUCCAGCCGGCAGCAUUGCGAAGCGGUCGUCGACGAUGAUACCCUUUCCCGUUCCUGCGGAGGAUGAGAUGCAGGCGAGAAGGCGCAAGGUCCUGGUUCCCAGUGGCGGCUUGCUUGUGUGGGACUCGCGGCUCCCGCACGAGAACUUCCCCAAUGAGGACAACUCCUGGCGGAUUGUGCAGUAUGUAACCUGCAAGCGCCUGUCCCCGACUGAGCUGGAGCAUCGCGCUUGCGCAUGGCAUGCAGGCUUGCGAACAGGCCUUGUACCGGUCAGCUUUGCGCGGCGCUUCACCCCGGCCGAGCAGCAGAGGCUGGGCAUGGCCCUGGCUGGGGAGGGCCUCGAGAGGCUGAACGAGGCGAUCGCUGCCGGAGAGGGGCUCUCGGCCGAGGCUCUGGAGGCCGCGCAGAAGCUGCGACGAGCCUAUCGUCUGAAGCAGACGGCCGAGCUUCCCGCGGAGCUACAGGAGAGCAGCAUUGACGCAAGACUUGCGUCACGUUCACGUCUGCACAGGAAGAGCCCUGUGUCCGGGCGCUAG